UCACCUGCCAGGCACUGCUCGACCUGUGGCCCAGCAACGUCCACUUCAACACCACCUCCUCCCCGCAGGUGCUGGACGUCUAUGAUUUCCCUGAGGAUCCCCAGCUGGAGAUGAGUGAGAUCUACCUGGAGACGGAUGAGAAGAUCAACGUCUCCUGCAGCGUCCGGCACGUCUUCCCGGCGGCGCGCUUUGAGCUUUCCCUGGCUGGCCACCCGCUGCCGCUCCAUGUCACCGAGGACGGGCUCCGCGCGGUGGCCGAGGUGUCCCAUGCUCAGCAGGGACAAUUUGGGCUGGUUUGCAGCGUGCGGGUGGGACCCAAGGAGCGGCAGCAGCAGGCGUCGGUCCACGUCUACAGUAAGUGCAUCACGGUCAGGCGGGUGGCACGGCGGGGACGGCGUCCCUCAGGUGUCCCCCGUUGUCACCCGCAGGCUUCCCCCAGCCACAGCUGAACAUCAGCACCAGUGUCCCCAUGGAGGGGACGGAGGUGACCUGGGCGCUGCGUCCUGCCACCCGGGCACUCCCCGGAACUGCAGCUGCAGGUGACAGCGGGUCCCCGCGUCCUGACUGCCUGGGGACCGUCCCCGCUGGCCUUUGCAUGGACAGCGUCGGAGGAGGAUGACAACACCAAGCUGGUCUGUGAGGCCAGGAUGCGUGCAGGCAACAAACCCACAAAGAGGAGCACGCCCGUGGGGCUCAGUGUCACUGCCCUGCCCAGAAUGGACGACAGGAGCUGCCCCCCCAGCCAGAACUGGACGGAAGGGGAGGAGGUGACGCUGCGGUGCCAGGCGCGGGGCAACCCCCGGCCCCAUGUGGCUUGUGACAAGGACGGGACGUCCGUCACCCCCGGGCUGCGGCACGUGGCCACCCGUGCCCACACCGGCACUUUCCGGUGCCGGGCCAGCAACGCGCUGGGCACGGCCGAGCGCAGCAUCACCGUGUGGGUGCAGUGCCACGACGUCGACGUGGUGCUCAUUGUGGUGCUGGUGCUGGUGGUACUGGGCGCCGUGGUCAUCGCCGGCGUUGUUUACGGCAUCUACUACCGCAAGAAGAAGAUGCGUGAGUACCAGCUGCAGAAGCAACAGCGGCGCAUGGAGAUGGAGAAGCUGCGCUCGGAGGAGACGGUCGGCAUCAACGGCUCGGCACCGGGGAGCCAACCGUAGCCGCGCCGCUGCCAGAGCUGCCGCAGGGAGCGGGCUGAGGGGCACCCCUGGGUGCCGAGCGCCGUGGUGGCACCGGCUGCCAGCGGGGAGCACCUGGCGGGACCUCGCGGAGGGGGCGACGCCGGGCGAGGCCAACACUACAUGGGGGCGGCCACCGUGGCCGCUGUCACCACGGGAUGGUGACAGCCCGAGGACGGCCCCGCAGUGUCGGGGGAAGUGGGCGCGGUUUGGGGUCGAGCGGUGACGUUCUGCGGGACUGAAAGCGCUCCUCAUCCUCCUCGUGUUGGAGCCCAAGAACCGUGGGGGUUUCCCAGUGCUUGCUGCCCCCCUGGGCUGGCCCAGGGCUUUGGCAGGAGCUGCUGCUGCUGCUGAGGAGGAGGAGGAAGGAGGAAGAUGAACGUGCUCGGAGCGCCGUUUGUAUGCAUUGCACAAAUAAAGGCCAGGGGUGAUGA